UCCUGGCCCAUAUCAAAGUAGGAGUACCUCACGUGCCCUGGCCUGCGGAAUCCGUGUUAGGUCAGUUACUUGACCCUUCCGCCGGCGCCGACGCAACCCCCCGCCUCGCCCCUGUUCGAUCCAAAUCGAGCCGUACUCGCGAGAGCGAGAUCCAAAUCGAGAUUUCUCGACCCUAGGUCUCGUCGAACCAUGGGUCAGCUGAUGCUCAAUCGGGUGAUAUCGAUGCAGCGGGAAAGUCGUCGCCUGCAAAUACAACCCCAUAAUGGAACAGCAGAUUCAAUGGUUGACAGAAAGGACUCAACCUGCAAACAAGACCAUUGUUCCCAAGGUGGUGAAAUACAAUACCCUGGGCCACAUCUUCCAGAGGAUAUUUGGUGUCAUAUAUAUUCCCUACUGCCAAUGCGAGAUGCUGCUCGAGCUGCUUGUGUGUCUCAUGCAUUUAAACGUACUUGGAGAUGCUAUCCGAACCUUGCUUUCAAUAUGAUAACAUUGGGCAUUGAUAUAGAAUCAUGUGGAGAGGACGGAAUAGCUAGAAAUUUUACCAACAAAGUUGACCACAUAUUGAAAAACCGCCCAUGCAUUGCCACCAAGACACUCGAGAUUGUUUUCCGUUACUACAAUGCCAAAGUCUGUAACAUUGAUAGCUGGUUUCAGGCUGCUGUUACACCGGGGAUUGAAGAACUCACUAUAGAACUAUCUUCAAAGUCAGGAAGAUAUUACAACUUUCCGUGGUCACUUUUAGCCAAUGAGAGUGGAAACUCGAUUCGGUAUCUAAAUCUUGCCCGUUGUGCUUUCUCUCCGACUGACGAGUUGUGCUUUAAAAGCUUGUCAAGACUCGAGCUAAGCGAUGUUGCUAUUACGGGGGACCAGUUGGGAUCCAUUCUUCACAAUUCUUUUGCUUUGCAACGGAUGCAACUAAAGUUUUGCAAUAAGAUAAUUUGCUUGAAGAUACCUUUUCAUCUACAACAGCUCAGAUAUCUGGACGUGUUUGAUGGCGGCAGCUUGCUGCGGGUUAUAGAGGUAGAAGCUCCAAACCUCUCUAAUUUCCAGUUUAUGGGUCAUCGCAAAGUACACCUAUCGUUUGGAGUAGGAUUGCAAUUCAAGAAGUUCGACUUGUACUUUCCUGGUGCUAUCAGCUAUGUUUGUGCUGAUUUUCUGUCCAGCUUGCGAUAUGUUGAAGAUCUUUCCCUAGGUUCACGUUGUGAGAUGAUUGAUACACCAGUUCUACAUAGCAAAUUCCUGCAUCUCAAGCACUUGAAUGUUGAUCUUCAAGCAAUGACAUUUUCCCCGACCUACGACUAUUGUUCUUUGAUAUCACUUUUUGAUGCUUCUCCUUUCUUGGAGACCCUUGUCAUGAAUGUGUUGCAGCAAAAGAUGUUGCACGAGUCAAUCGUGGGAGAUACAUCACAUUUGAGGCAGAUGCCAGGACACCACCAUGAUAGCCUCAAGACAGUGAAGAUCAUUGGUUUCUCCUCUGCGAAGAGCUUAGUAGAGCUAACAUGCCAUAUCAUUGAGAAUACGAGCUCACUUGAGAGCCUUACAUUGAACACCACAACAGGACAUCCUUUCGAUAGCUGUUUAACCAACAAUACUGGAAAGUGCAACCUGUUGGGCGUGGAUUUUAUGGUGGAAGUUGGUAGAGGGCUCUUGGCUAUCAGGACAUAUGUUGAGCCAAAAGUUCCCUCCGGAGUUGAGCUAAAUGUUGUGGAGCCUUGCCGCCGAUGCCAUGAUCAACCACCGCCGAUGCCAUGAUCAACCACCGCCGAUGCCAUGAUUCCUGUGUAAAAGUUCCCGCAAGUCAUCAUAAGUACCCUAUGAUUCCUGUGUAAAAGUUAAACUAGAACGUCGAGGAACCUUCUGCUGCUGCUACCCGGGUUAUAUACCCAAAACCCAAUAUUUAAUGUAACUAGUAGGCUGUGAGUUGCCAGGUA